AUGGCUCCGCUUCUCGCCCCUUACCACAGUGGCAUGAGGCUUGGCUCGGGCUUUAACUCAUACACACAGCAGAUGUGUGUUGAUGAUGCCGUUACCAAGAUUCCCAAUGGCACACCUUUUGAUAGUGACCCUGAACAGAGCCAAUCACAGUCAGUGGUUUUCAAAACCAGCAUGAUCGAGAAGAUGUCGGAGAUCUCCGAUACCCUGAAUGUAUGUGGCCUCGCCCAAAUGGGGAUAAACUGGUGCUCACAAAGGUCAAUACAGAUCAGUGGUGCCCUCACUAUCAAAUACAACAAUCUCAUCGACGGGGCCGGCAAGGGAACAUUCAUCAACUCCAACAAGAUCAAGGACGCCGAUAUCAACUUCAUGCUGAGUGUCAAGGUUAUCAAUGAAAGCAUUGUAGAUCAGGGUUUGACGGACUUUAAUCCUAUCGCGAACUUGCAGUCCUCGUCUGAUUUUACCGAGGUAUAUGGCGAUAGCUUUAUCUCAGGCUUUCAAGAAGGCGGUGAGUUUGUGGCGGUCGUAUCAAUCAAAGUGAAAGACAAGAACCAGAAAGAGACCAUUGCUGCCAAUGCUGCCGUGUCUUUAACGACUCCGCAAUUCGGAAGUGGCCAGGCAAAGGAUAAGAAGAAAUCUAAACUAAAGCCCUCCGGAGAAAAUGGAAAGCACGGUUCCGAAACCCUGACUGAUGAAGAAAUGUACGGCGAUUCCUCCGCCUUGGACAAAGAGGAUGGAGAAAACGACGAGGCCGAGGACAAGGCGAGUGGAGAGGGCGCCAAAGGCUUCGAGGCCAAAGGCAACGCGGAGGUGAAGAAAGAGAGGAUGGACCUCUUCCAGGAGAACGAGGUGACGCUGUCUGUCACAUACUCAGGCGGUGGCCAAGGGCUCAAGGAGCCGGACGAGGACUGGAACUUGGAAAACAUCAGAAAGGCCGCCCUGCAAUUCCCCUCCCUGGUAGCAAAGAAUCCAGUGCGAACUCAUGCCGUUUUGACCAAGUACACCGCCCUGAAGAGCUACUAUGCAAAAGUAAAAGCAGAAACGAAAGUUGGCGACAAGGAUGCUACUAAGCAUCUGCCCCUCUGCUACGAUAACGCAGAUAUUUAUACGUCAACAUUGCAGGAAGCAUUCCUUGAUUACAAGAAUGUUCACAUGAAAAUUCGUCUUUUACAAGUUGACGUUGUCAAUGGGGUCAAAGAGCUUAAAAAAAGCAAUUUCAGCGACAAAUCGAAAGCGGUUGAGACCGCCAUGGACUCAGACGAAGGACAAGAUACACGGAACUCGAUUUCAAUUACUGCACCAAUGGAUGCAACACUCGCCAGUCUGGAGACGGCUCAGCAAUAUGUUCGGCGUCAGAUGGAUCUCAUCGUGAAGAAGGUAGAUGCUAUCACCGUGGAUCCUACGUUGGCUGGCGGCGACUGUGACCUGCCUUGUCAAUCUCCUUUGAUCUUCCAGCUCUACUUGCCAAUUGGGGUACCUAUCGGUGAAUCCAAAUCAUGA